AUGGAGAGACUCGCCUGUCUGCUUUUACUAUGUGUGGCUUCAACUCUGGUGAGACGGCUUUAAUAUUUUAUAAUGUUUUUAAAAGACAAAAAUCACUUUGAACCUUUGAAACUAUUGUACAUGUGACCUUCUCUUUAUUUAAACCUUUUUUUUUUUACCUUUCUUUAGUUUUUUAUUUUGUUUGUAUCGAGUUAUUUUUUUAAAAUAAAAGAUAAAAUAAUGUGAGCAAAGACAAAAAUCACUUCAAACCUUUAAAAUUAUGGGGCAUGUGUUGAAAAAUGUACCAUAAAAAGAAGUUUAUUUUUCUUAAGAAUAGGAAGAACUUUAUUUGUCCAUGAAGGUAAAUUCAAUAAAAUAUAUGAAAAAAUAAAUAUAAAAUAAUAAAAAUAAAAAUAAUUGAGAUGAAACAAUAUUUGAUCAAUUAAAUAAUAUAAUUAAAAAAUAAAAACUUAAUUUGUACAUGAAGGGAAAUUCUAUAAAAUAAAUAAACAAAUAAAUGAAUAAAUAAAAAACAUUAAAUAUAAAAAUGUUUACAAUAAAACAAUAUUUUAUAAAUUAAAUAAUAUAAUUAAAAAUAGGAACUUUAUUUUUCCAUGAAGAAAAAUUUAAUAAAAAAUAAUAAAAAUAAUAAUAAAAAAAAUUUUAAGAAUAAGAAGAACUUUAUUUGUCCAUGAAGGGGGGAAAAAAUUAAUUAAUUAAUUAAUUAAAUUAAAAAAUAAUUUAAAUUAAACAAUAUUUGAUGAUUAAAUAAAAUAAUUAGAAAAAAGAACUUUAUAAUCAACAUUUAAAAAUAUUUGAUAAGUUAAAUAAAAUUUAAUCAAAUAAUAAAGAAUUCUUUAAUUCAAAUUCAACCUACUUUUUAUUUAAACUUUUUUCCCCAGUAUUUAUGACCUUUCUUUAGUUUUUUAUUUUGUUGGUAUUAAGUUAUUCCUGUAAAAUAAAAGAUAAAAUGAUGUGAGCAAAGAGAAAAGACAUGAUAGUCAUAUUCAGGUUCAACAUAUCGUAUUUAUUAUUGUACUUCAUAUGACUUUAGAAGUAAAAAAAAUCAUGUCAAUAAAGGAAAGUUUACUUUUUAAACUCUUAUCAAAGUGUCUAAAAUCAUGAAAACUUUUUGAAAAACUCUUUCAACAAUAAAACAAAAACUUACAAAUGAUUGUAAUGCCGGACUUUAAAAAGCACAAAUAGUUACAGUUUGAGACAUGUUCAUGUCAGACGAAAUGAAUCAAAAAUAUAAAGACAGUAUAGUUUAAGACUCUCUUUAAUACAAACAUAAUGAAUAUUAAAUCAAUAAAAACAAACCCAAAGCUUUUCUCCGUCGAUUAUCAUCCUCAGCAAACGAAAACAAAGUUCCUAAAAAAUAUAAAAAAAUAAUGAAUUAUCAUGACGGGUUUAACUUUGAGAAACUUUGAGAUGGUUUGUCUAAACUUUGAAUAAACAGAAAAAAGACUGACCUCAUUGUCGGACGUGUCUUUGUUCUCCUCUGAUUCAGUUUUCUUCACUUUUGUUGAUGCCCCACAUGCUCAUCUGCAUUUUUCUGAAAAGAAGGAAACAACAAAUAGCCUACUUGUGUGAGAGUUUUAAAAUAUUUGUUUAAAGACGUCUUAUGGAAACUCUGAUAUUUCUUCUGUGUCUUUGUCCCCGUGUGUCUCCAGGCCCAGCCGGCAGUCGAUCCCAGAGGAGCUCGUCCGGUGGAGCACGGCACCAGAGACGAGAAAUGUGAAUCUAAGAAGGAGUGGCCUUUCUGCACGGAUGAUGAUUGGGUACUCCCUCUGACGCCUCGUACUAUCUACCAAGUUUAUGUCCUCAGGGGCCUCGAGAAAUGACUAAGAAGAGAUGUGGUUCAGGUUCAGAGUUGGAAUUCCUCGUCCUUUUCGCUAGAACAGUUUGCUUUAGCUAUUCACGGCAAACUGGGCUGUAAUGUAACUCAACCAGAAAAAUUAGUUUCCGUAUUCAAACUCAACGUUGUUUGUAUGUGUGUUUUUGUUUUGACUUGGGUUAAUAGGUUAAAAGGCAGGUGCCGGAGGACCUCAGGGUCAGCGAGGGUUGAUAUGGUAAAAGUAAGUCAGAUAAAUAGGAGGGGCCAAGACCAUUAAUACAUCUAAAAACUAAUAAAAGAAGAACCUGAAAAUCAAUCCUGAAACAGGCGGGGAGCCAACGCAGAGAUGCUAAAACUGGCGUUAUAUCCUCUCGCCCUCUGGGCCUCGUCAGAACUCUAACAGCUGAAUUCUGUAAAAGCUCAAGUGUCUGUAAGUUCUUCUUUGGGAGGCCAGAAAGCAGGGCGUUACAACAAUCUAAACAUGAGAAGAUAAAAGCAUCAGCGCCUCCUGCUGGUCUGGGAGGGAAACAGACGGACUCUGGUUGGAAUCUUAAGGUGGUAAAAUCCGACCUUUGCUUUUUUUGAUGUGUGGAAUAAAACUGAGCUCAGAGUCCAAAAUUACACCCAGGUUAUUUACAGAUAUUGAUACUUAAAAAUCUUGUAGUCUUGGUGAAAGUGUCUCUCAGGACUUCAGGACCAAGAACUAAAACCUCUGUUUUGUCCUGGUUGAGUUGCAGGAAGUUGGCUGCCAUCCAGGACUUGACGUCUAAAAUGCAGUUUAAACGGGCAUCGCUAUCAUCAGGAGACACGGACAUGUACAGUUGCGUAUCAUCAGCAUAGCUGUGGAAGUUGAUGCCGUGUCUCCUGAUGAUGUCCCCCAGGGGAAGCAUGUAAAGAUGACAGAGAAACAGCAAAUCCAUCGUACAACAUCCAAAACCGAUGCUAACUAAAUCUGGUAGCCUUGCUAACGACGACACACCUCAUUUGCUGUCAGAAGUAACGGAUCAUGCUCAAAUGGGAUCUUCAAAGUUUGAUCUCGCCGUUACCCUCCUUGUCCCGGUUAGGAUACCAGAUUUAAAAGUACCGGGUUCAGGAUAAUCUCAGGGGAACAUCUGGGAAAAUUUUACAUUCAGAAAUUUUUUUUUGAGCUUUCUUCUCUUUUCUGUCCCGCUUCCGUCCUCCAUCAGGGCAACAAAUGUCCAUCAGGCUGCAGAAUCCAGGGUCUGUUGGACACGUACGACCACAGUGUCCUGAAGAAGAUUGAGAAGAUCCGCAGCCUCCUGGAUCAGAACAAGGUCAAGCACCGCACAGCCGACCAGACGUCCAAGCUGACCUUCGACUACCUGAAGGAGAAGCUGACGGUCGAUGCUGGUGAGAGCGCUUCCGUCCUUUCCGAGCUUCUGAAUGAAAGACGAGGAAAAAGACGACAUUUUUCGAGCUUGAACCACAAAGUCGGCGUCAAAGUCUAGAUGUUUGCAGAUUUAAUGAUCCUGUUUCUCUUUUUUUUUCUAUCCACCAGGUAAUGACAACACCUUCUUUGAGCUGGCCCAGAACCUUCGUAACAGAAUCACGGACAUGAAGAUCAAGAUCGACAGACAGUUGAGGAUCCUGGCCGCCCUGAAGGACCGCGUCAAGGACCAGGUGACCGAGAUGCAGAGACUGGAGGUACGGAGUCACAACAAGGACAAAAGUUUACCUUAGGUUAUCACGAAAUAUGGUUUAAGAUUCAGCUGUCUUGGUAAAUGUAAUGUUUGUCAUCCGAUUCAAAGACCCGUUGAUGUAGAUUCCACAUUUGUCUGUCAGUGAAGGUGUCAAGAUCAUUCAAAUCCUGCUAACCUGGCCAAGUGUUUGAUUUACCCACUUAAUUUACGUCUUUUCUGUCAGGUGGACAUCGAUAUCAAACUCCGUUCCUGCUCCGGAUCCUGUGCAACUUACGCUGACCACCAGGUGGACAAGGAGAGCUAUGUGACGCUUGAAAAACAGGUAGGAGACAGAGGAGGAUCUUACCAUCUUAGGUUCCUGAGCUCAAAGUGUACCCUGAUUAGGCGGGAAAUUGUUUAAGCGCCAUUAUUUAUUGUUCCAAAGUGGAUUGGCGAUGAUUUCCAGUGUCCUUAAGUAAAAAUCUUCUUUCUUCUUCCAAAUGUUUUCCAGGUUCACCAUCUGGACAACCAGGCCCCUCAAGAGUCUGUUGGGACGCUGUACGUGAUGAAGAGCCGACCACUGCAGGACGUUUUGGUGGACCCCAAGUUUAAGUCCCAGGGUGUUGCAGGACAGCAAGUAGAAUUUCAAAACAUGUUCCCAACGGUGAGGGUCACUGCUGCUGCUUUGGUUCCUUUAAAAAUGAGAGUUUUCAUAACAAAUAUUCGGCUUAAACUUUAAACUUACCCUCAAAUUCCACCGCAUCCAGAAUGACUAUGAAAAGGUCGUAUCCUCCGAUCGUAGCUGAUCGUAACCAUUCAAGUUAAUCCGUCAAUUUCCACCGGCUUCUUUCCAUUCCUCUGCGGAUCGUCGGACUCCUCAGCUGAUCACAAGAGUUCUAUUUUUUCUGAAUGCCGGUUUCCACCGUCUGUAAUGGAAUUCAUCUUACAAACGGAUCCGGUAGGAAUUGGCGUACAGUGAAAAUAGCUGCCGUUCCAGAUGCGGUGGAAAUCCCGGGUUACAGGCGGUUCCCUGAGUCUGCCCUGUAUCAUAUUUUAGAGGGGGUGGGUUCAGUCAAAGUAAGAACCGAAAGGCCCGUCUGGAUCAUCUAACGUUGUACUGGAGCGAACUUCCUUGACUCCACUUCAACAAAAACACUAACUCAUUUCUUUUCUCUCGUCCUCGUUUCAGGUGAAUACAGUCCAGUUGGUCCUGGAAGAGGAAGGCUCUAGCUCAUCUCCAGCAACCAUCUCCAAAGUUCCAGGUACUUCCCGCUCUACAUCUUCAUCCUCACCAUCAUCCUCCUCCUCCUCCUCCUCCUCUUCCUCAUCAUCUGGAUCCAUCACUGAACUAGGAGGCAGUGAUGUAUUUGGUGGCGGCCUCUCGGUCCACACAUCCACCUCAUCCAUCACUUGCACCAAGCACAUCAGAACCGUCGUUGUCCACACUAAGGACGGGCCGGUGGAGAAGGUGGAAGAGGUGAUGUCAGGAGGCCCUGAAUGCGAGGCCUUAGAAAACGUGGACUUCCCGAGUUCCAGCGGUACAUCAACCUCCUCUUCCUCCUCUUCAUCAUCAUUCUCGUCCAGCACCUCACACUCUGGUGGUGCCAAGGGAAGCCUCUUGGGAGAUACCAAAAUGGGUUUUGGGGAUCCAUUUGGCAUGGGCGGGAUUGACCUUGGCGGGUUCUUGGUUAAUCACGGAGAAGAGGAUGUUCCGAAUUUCUCAGCUCGGACCGUGAAGAGCACACGUGUUGAGCGGCAGGCCGAUUAUGUAGGACAAGGUACCGAAACAUCCGAAUAGGAGUAAAAUCUUUGAGGGCAAGAACCGCACAUACAGCUAGACAGUGUGCUGCUAGCUUACUAGCUAGCCUUAUGUACCGAAAAAGGAAGUGAACAGAGUAACUGUAGAUUUUAUCGAUCAUCUGAAGAACUUAAAACCACUUUGAUUUGAAUACUUUGAGUCGCUAUGGUUAAAAAGAGAAUAAAAGCUGAACUAAGGAACUAAGGAAGUUGUCUGAUGGCACCUAGAUCUGAGAAUGCUUUAGUCCGAAUAUUCUGUCAGUAUUUUAAACCCAUGUUAACAUUUCUAAAAGGUCCCUCUGGUGCCGAUAUUAGCUAAUAUGUAGGGAAAGUGACUACCAGAACGUAAAUCACUGCAGCACAUUUCAGGAAGCCCAACUAAACUGGUCCAAACUAACUUGCGGUCUGCGGUGUGCCCCUUUGUUCGCAGAUUGCGUCCAAGCCUACCAGAACCAUCUGAAAGGGGAAUCGAACGGCCUGUUUAAGAUCAAACCCGGCGGCGCGGGCUCCACAGAGGUAGUAGAGGUUUACUGCCAGCAGGAGGGGCUAAUGGCAGGGUGGUUGUUAGUCCAGCAGAGAGAGAGUGGCGCGCUCGAUUUCAACCGUACCUGGUCCGAAUACCGCAACGGGUUCGGUUCAGUUGACGCUACGGGUAGGGGGGAGUUCUGGCUAGGGAACCAGAACCUCCACCGGCUAACAAAUCAGGGUGAGACCAUGUUGAAGGUGGAGUUGGAGGAUUGGGAAGGGGGGGCAGCCAGUGCCGAGUAUAUGAUCAGGGUUGGUUCAGAGGAGGAGGGGUACCCGCUGCACGUGUCCGGGUACUCUGGGGAUGCUGGGGAUGCUCUGGUACUGCCCAGCUCUCCUCUGAGGGCUCAGCAGGCCCACAAUGGGAUGAAGUUUAGUACCUUUGACAGGGACAAUGACAAGGGGGUCAUGAACUGCGCUGAGAUGUACGGGGGCGGAUGGUGGUACAACAGCUGCCAGUCGGCGAACUUGAAUGGUCUUUAUUACAAAGGGCUGUAUUUCCCGCAGGAAAACACGCCGUACGACGGGGUUAAAAACGGAAUCGUUUGGGAAACUUAUAAAACAUCUGAUUACAGCCUGAAAACUGUACGAAUGUUUAUCAGAUCGACGGCUUUCUAAAUCUGACCAUGAGAGACAAACGAGUGAAAAGAGGGGCGAACGCCGACGCCGCAGACAAAUAUUUGAGACUAAAACCCGAGGCCAGAUUCCGACCUUUAGACUGCUGAUCUGUUCGUGAAUCAUUGUGAACCCUCUCAAACUGUGUCACUUUUCCAGGAUGAACUUUUGUGUUGAUUAUGUAAAUGUUACUGACCCUCUGUUAGCAAAUAUCGAACCCGUGUUCUCGGAACAACCUGCUGUGUACACCAUGGAGAAAUGCCUGAACUGCACAAUCAAUAAAGAUACACUGUUCACUUCAGUCGACUGUGGUAUGUCUGGUUUUUAAGUCUAUUUAAAGUACAAUUUAAAUAAAUCUAUACUUCAUUUGAAAAUUGUGACUUUUCCCCAAAUUAUUACUUUAAAAAAUACAGAUUCAAAACACCACUACUGUGCCAAGAGAGUAAAAACUUUGGUUUUUGAAGUUUUCUAUUGUGAUGUUUAAAAAUUAAAAUAAUAAUAAUAAUAAUAAUAAUAAUAAUAAUAAUAAUAAUAGUAAUUGAAAAUAAUUUUGAUUAUUUAAAGACCUCAUUUAAGAAAUUUUAAAAAAUUAUAAUUAUUAUAUGUUUUAAAUAUAACAGAUUAUUUGAUGAUCUCUUUUGAAAAAUUAAAAAAAUAAUAAUUAAAAAUGAAAAAAAUAAUUAAAAAGAAAUUUAAAAAUAACAGAUUAUUUGAUGAUUUCUUUUGAAGAAUUUAAAAAAUAAAUUAGUCUGUUUUUAAGGGACUCUUUAAAUGGGUCAAAUCUGGCAUAAAACAAAUGGUAUAACAGGAAAUAUUAAAUCCAUCUCCUUUGAAUUUAACACAACAAUAUCUUGAAUAUACACAACCUUUAUUCUGCUUAAAAAUAAAACAUGUUUGUCCAGAAACCUGGGAGAAAAUGACUUUAUUUUCAUAACCAAAUAUAUCUCUGUGCCUUUUUAAUGUGAUUUUUUAUUCUGCAAGUUAACUUUAAAAUCUGGUAAAAAUGUUUCUUGUAUUUCAUCUGAAGUCGGAGGAAGUUUAUCAGGUUUGCAAAACAGUUUAUAAAGUCAAAUAAAAAUUUCACAUCCGUACAGACAAAUGGUCAGACUCGUCGCCUCUGUAGAAGCAGAUCUUAGGAUUCUGGCCUGACUAAAAAAAACAAGAACUCUCAAAGAGUCGAAACUCCAGCAACAAAAAACGUCUUCAAUCUUGGACCGACGUGUUUGGCUCGUGGUCUCGACGAAGGCCAUGAGCCAAAUUGAAAAUGUUGCAGAGUUUCGACUCUGUUAAAGAAAACUUCAAUACCAAGUUACUGCAGCUCUCAAACUUGUUCAUGAGGAUUUAUUAUAUUUAUCAGUGAAUUUAAAUACAAGAAAAUGUCCAAAAUGUGUGUGACAUAAAUAGACUAAAAUAAAUUACAUGUGCAAGUGAGGUGGACACCACAAGAAGACUGAUCUCAAGACCUGAACCGAGUCGAUUCAAAAUGCAAUUUUUUAUUUUUUAAGUGUCUUCUCGAGCUGAACAUAGUCAAACAUUUACGGAGAUCUUCGCCCCGCACAAACUUCGGUCCGCCCACGCCGUUACAUCAUCAUGAACAAACACACUGUCUCUUUGACGAGGGUUGAAUGCCCCCCCCCCCCGUCCUGACCUUUUCUGUUCCUCUGCAGUGUGCAUGAGGCUGACUCAGCAGAAUCCAAGAGUCCAGACGCCGCCCCCUCGUCACACCAGGUCCUACAGGAGGCUGCCGUGUCGCGCCAAAACCGAAGUCCCCAUGUGUUCAGAUGACGACUGGGUACGAAACACGCAAACACACACACACACACACACACACACACACACACACACACACACACAGAGUCAGUCUAUUUAGUCGAUAAGGUAUGAAGCCAUCAUAUUUAAUGACAACUAUAGACACAGAAAAGGAAGUUUGAUGACACAGGAGUCCUCUUGCGGUUCCCUUAAUCCACCACGAAAUUUGCCUCACAGAUGGUAGAAGUUGGCGGACGGUGAAAAUCGCAGCCAUUCCGGAUGGGAGCCGUUAUGGAUGUGGUUAAAAUUGGGGGUUCGUAAACAUGUUUGGUCUAAAACUCUUGUUUCGGAAUAUAGCGGGGAGUUUAUUUUAGUAUUGGUCCAUCUCAGAGUCAAAUCGAUGAUAGAACAGGGGAAGACGGAGGGCACGGCUUUUAACGACUAUUUUAAAGAGAUUUAAACAAUUUUACAACGUGAGACGACCUUCAACUACAAGACAAGAAUCUGAAAAAGCUCGAAGAUUAAACAUCAGUACACUUUGAGUCCUCCACAGCUGGGACCAUUUGUCCAGGUUCAUUCAGAAACCCUCGUGUUUUCCUUCAAAGGUUCCUAAAUGCCCCUCCGGCUGCAGACUUCAGGGCCUGAUCUCACAGACGGAGAGCGAGGUGGAGAGGAAACUGAGGACGGUGUGCAAGAGAGCGAAGUUAUACGAGGACAUGUCUGAGAAGUCCAUGAAGACAAUGACACACGUCUACAACUACAACCGGAAAGUCAUCGUCGGCAGAUACCGUAAGAGCGACUCAUCGAAUAAAUCACCGUACCCUUUCACUGUUUGUUGAACUGAGCGUCCCCGCCCACGUGUGUCCUCAAACUAACAUGUUUGUCCCAGAGGAGCGUUUAGAGCUCUUGGUUCACGUUGUGUAACAGUCCACGUCUGUUUGGACUGGAGUUGGGUUCCGGCACCAAAAGGACACUGUGGAUCUACUGGUAUAUCUGGUAUACCCACUCAUAUCUGUGGGUUUUUAAUGGUCCUUUGAGUGUUAUUUGAAAGAAGUCUCAGGUUCACGCUUAACUGUUCAAUCCUAUGAAAGAACUAAACAUGGUGGCCCCGUUACAAACCCUAAAAUCGUUGAGUACUACAUGUGUGAUAUUGUCUCGUUUUUAUCAUCUCCAGUGUCAGAAGUGAAGUUUGUGGAACAUGCUGAAGGAUUGGCCAGAAACCUCUCCGUCCUACGUGAAAGAUCUUCCAUGCUGGCCCACCAACUCCAAGAGCUGAACCACAAAGUCCAGAAACAGUUAGAAGAACUGUACCGGGAAGAGGUGAGCAGUCAUACAGCAGACCUAUUUUACCCAAUUUACCAAAUUCUAGGGCAGAGUCUUUUGACCUGGUCUCGGUGACUCGGUUAAAACCCAGAUAUCUGUUUUUAAAAGCAAAUGACUCAUCCACUUUAGAGUUUGCGUUGACAUGCUAUGAAUCAUGGGAUAUGUUGGGCCACCAAGGAUGAAUAUGAAGCAUCUGUUGUGGUCCAGGAAACGUAGGACACACCUGUUAAAGGUGGGGUAGGCGGGAUUCCGUUAAAGAAGCAUCUUUUUUGUGGUGUUGAUAAAAAAAAACUUUUAAUAUCAAUCAAUAGUUAUUAGUUAUUGAUGAUAUUAACGAUAUCUCUGUGUUCUCUUAUGACUGUAAACAAAGCCGUUCUCCACCUCCUCUAACCUGAUUGGUUGUGAGGCAGACGCUGCUCCCCCGUGUCGUUCAGGAGCCCAAACAAAGUUAGCGUGCUACAAUAUCGGACAGUAAAAACCAACCAGAAAGUUCGGAAAAUUGUCUGAAUCCUCCUUUGACCACGACUGCCGACACAAGCAAGAAAACACUCAAACAUAAACAGUCAGCAAGAAAACAGUCAACAGGAAAACAGUCAACAAGAAAACAGUCAGCAAAAAAACAGUCAACAAGAAAACAGUCAACAAGAAAACAGUCAGCAAGAAAACAGUCAACAAGAAAACAGUCAACAAGAAAACAGUCAACAAGAAAACAGUCAGCAAAAAAACAGUCAACAAGAAAACAGUCAGCCAGAAAACAGUCAACACCAAACCGGUCAACAAGAAAACAGUCAGCAAAAAAACAGUCAACAAGAAAACAGUUAGCAAGAAAACAGUCAACACCAAACCGGUCAACAAGAAAACAGUCAACCAUAAACAGUCAACAAGAAAACAGUAAGCAAGAAAACAGUCAACAAGAAAACAGUUAGCAAGAAAACAGUCAACACCAAACUGGUCAACAAGAAAACAGUCAACCAUAAACAGUCAACAAGAAAACAGUAAGCAAGAAAACAGUCAACAAGAAAACAGUCAGCAAGAAAACAGUCAAAACCAAACCGGUCAACAAGAAAACAGUCAACAAGAAAACAGUCAGCAAAAAAACAGUCAACAAGAAAACAGUUAGCAAGAAAACAGUCAACACCAAACCGGUCAACAAGAAAACAGUCAACCAUAAACAGUCAACAAGAAAACAGUCAACACCAAAACAGUUCCAAAAAAGUUCGGAAAAUUGUCUGAAUCCUCCUUUGGCCACGACUGCCGACACAAGCAAGAAAACAAAGUAAAUACCGGAGACUCUGGAGGAAUAACGGGCUCUUAAAACGGAGGUAGACCGGACAAGAGCUAAAAAGCCGGGUCAACAUAAACCAUGGGGGACGCUUGGGGAUCUUGGUGACCCUGUAACCUUUCUGCUGGACAGGUAAACCGCUUUAACAAAGUAAGACAAGUGUCUGUAACAGAAGUGUUUCUUGUCAAACGGACCUGCUGUAGCGUGUUGUAGCGCCAUCGCUAAACUGUCCUCCCUCGGGUCCUGGACUAUGUCACUUUAUCCUCGUUGUAGAAGUCCUGCAAACAUUGUGUUUGCUGGUAGUCUGUUGGCAUCUACAGUAGCACCAAUGCUUUUGACUUUCACCUUGACUGGGCCCCAUUUGUAAUGAUUUGAAGUAUUUAUCUGCAUUAUAUCUGAAUUUAAUUGGAACGAUACGAGCGAGCAGGAGCAUCUGUUUGUGGGCGGGGCUUGCUGGACUGGUUGGGAGGGGUAGAGUUUACAUUCAAGAUUUCUCCUAAAAACUGGAACUCCUUCAGAUCCUGACUACACCACCUCUAAGGGAGGUACCGACAUCAAACUUCAACACGUCUCCAGGUUUUAAAACUCUCCCUGUCAAGAUGUUUUCUGUCGUUGUCAAAUCUUCAACUGUUGCAGACUUCGUUUUCAUCUUGGUUAUGAUGAUCUAAUAUUGUCCCGCUGACCCCACCAGGUGGACAUUGACAUGAAGCUCCGGACCUGCCAAGGGUCCUGCAGUUCGGCGACACCGUUCAGCGUCAAUCAUCACGACUACGAAACCCUUCAGAGAGACUUGGACCAAACAGAGCGGGCUUCUCAACAGAAGAGUGCAGCUUUUCCUCCGACAGACUUCCUACAUCUGAAGCUGCAGCCCGUAGACUUCGACCACAUACCAUCUCCAGAGUACAAGACCAUACCGACGGUCCAAAGAGAACUGCUCACUGAGUUUGAAGAUAUUGGACAGAACCAGAUCGUUCUGGAGCAGCUGAUGGAGGAGUCUGUGGAUGUUGACGGCGCUUCAGAACUGGAAUGA